AUGCGCGGGCUAAACCUAGUCUCGCUGCUGCUGGUUGCAGUCUCGGGCACCAAUGUCCUGGCUCAAUCCAGCAGCGUCGCCGACACCCUGGACGACGCCGGACUUGAUAUUCAUAAAAGAUCGCUACUCCAGCCCCGCAAGGAUGACGGCAUCGAUUUCGGCAACCUCGAUUCCGGGGGUUCCAGUAGCCCCAGUGGCGGCGGCGGCGGGUGCUGUGACGACAAUACCCAGUCCACAGACACGGGAACGGGAGGAACGACGGUGGUGAACCAGUACAGCUACUACGACUUUAGCGACAACAGGCGCUACGGCAGAGAACAGUGUGACUACAGAUAUGGUUACAGUAGUUACGGUGGUUACGGUGGUAGUGGGUACACAACUUCAAGAUACGGGGGAAUGCGCGAUAGACCAUCCCGAUACCGCCCCGGCUACGACCAUGAGGACCACGAUGAUUACUACCGCGGCCCUGCUCGUAAUAAUCAGCAGCAAUUCAGUGCGCCUCCUCCCCAGUAUCAUCCUGGACAGCAGCAGCAAGCCGGCGCACCGCCUCACGGGAGCAACGCCCUCGUUCCGGCGGAGCCCCAGCAGCCCUUUGACAAAGCCACUGGCGAGAAGCCACUCACCGAGCAGGAGCGCGCCGAGCUGGACAAACAGCUUGGUUCAGCAUGCGGACAAUUUAUGCAAGUAGCCGGCCAAUACUGCGCGACGCAAGUCGGCGGAGCGGCUAAAACGUGCAGCAAAUGGGUCAGCGAACAGACCCAAGCGUGCUCGGUCUACGUCAGCGAAAAGGGCAAAGCGUGCGCAAACAAGGUCAAGGGGGGACUGGAAGCAGUGAGCCAAACCUGCAGCCAGGUGAACCUUGCAAUUGUCGGGUUUUGCAAGCCUCCGGUAGACUGGACCAUCGAAAAGGCCAAAGCCUGCUCGGAAAAGGUCGGUUUCGGAUUGACCGCGUGCCACAAUGCCAAAGUCAUCGCCUAUGAAUGGGCCCAAUAUCGCCAACGCGGACGCUGGAGAAACUUCAAGAACGGAUGCAAGGCCAAGUGCAGAGCAGUCAACAACGGAUGCAAGGCCGCGGGCAAGGCAAUCGGCAACAGCUGGCAAAAGGCAGUCGGUACCUUGAAGACCGGCAACGUGUUUCUCCAAGCACAGGCCGACUAUUACAAGCAACUCUUCAACCAAAAGCUCAGAACCGUGACGGACAGCAUGAAGGCAAAGAUGCUGGCCGCCACUCAGACGGGGGCUCCAGUCGAACCACUGGACGGCAUCGUCAAUGGUCUGAUCCCCGAGGCCGGUUCUGCGCCUGGGCAGCACCCUCAUGGAGAGGCCAUCGGAUACCCUGUUCACGCCUCUGCGCCUCCGAACCACCCUCAGGGCCAGCCGCCCAAACAUUCUUAG